GUCACUGUCCGAUUGUUGAUCAGAGCAGAAGUUUUUGUCUGGCAUCGCGUACGAUUGUUCCUUUUACGUUGCGUGUGUUUCCUUUUCCGUGUGAUGUAAACCGUGCUCUUCGUGAUUUCCCUCCUGAUUAUCCCCGUGUUUGUGUACGCGUGUGUGUGUCGUCGUUUUGAUCAUUUUCCCAAGAAGGCACAGAAAGAGAGUAGAAAAAACAGCCACCACAAGCCAGCUUGUUCACCUCCUGCUCGCUUCCCCACGCACGGCCUACCCUCGGUCAUUUGGUCGAGGAGUCACCGUGUGUGUGCGUGUGUUGCAGUAGGCGCUGGUGCGAGGAAACGACUAGAAAAGAGCCUUCCUUGUGCAGUGCGGCAAGAAGACGACGAUUCAGCACACGACACACCGACACACGCUAAAAAGGCUACAGAAACCCCCCUCCUCCCCUGUGUGAGGUGCUAAAGGUUUCUAAAGGGCGGACCGAUGGCUGAGCGACGGUCGGGCGGCACGAGCCGCAACAAUUUCACCGAGGAGAAAAGCUCCGCCGACACGCCGCCAAUGUCGCGGUUGUUUAUCAUCUGCAGCAAGAGCGUCACCGAGGAAAAUCUGCGCGAACACUUCGACAAGUUUGGCGACAUCGAGGAAAUAUGGAUCGUCAAGGACCGGGCGACGGGCGAAGGCAAAGGUGUCGCCUACAUCAAGUACGCGAAAACGUCUGACGCGGCCCGAGCGCUCGAGGAGAUGAACGGCAAGUGCGUCGGGGACAAUACGCGCCCGAUCAAGGUGCUGGUGGCGGCCAACCGGCAGCAGGGCUCGCGCAAGCAGACGGAGAACGAGGAGGAGAAGUACCUGCGGCUGUUCGUCAUCAUCCCGAAGGACAUGACGGAGGAGGCGCUCCGGGAGGAGUUCGGCAAGUACGGCACGGUCGAUCUGGUCACCAUCAUCCGCGACAAGGUGACGAAGGAGGGCAAGGGCUUUGCGUACGUCAAGUUUGGCCGGUUUCUGCACGCGGCCCAAGCGUUCGAGGGCUGCGAUCCGAAGUAUAAGGCCGUGUUUGCCGAGCCGAAGCCGCCCCGCAACGCGUCCGUCUCGUCGAACGAGAACUUUGGCGGCUUUGUCGGGGGUGGCGGUGGCGGCGGUGGUGGCGGAGGAGGUGGUGGCGGCGGUGGAGGUGGUGGUGGAGGUGGUGGAGCCGGUGGUGGUGGCGGUAGUGGAGGAGGCGCCGGGGCCGGUGUGUUCGGGGGUGCGGUAAACAGUGCGAACGGGUUCGCUGACGACCGGCGGGUGGGACCGGGCGGUGGCGGUGUCGGCAGUGUGAGUGGGGCCGGCGCGAUGAUGGGCUUUGCCGCGAUGGGCGGCAACGAUAGGCGGUCGGGGGCGGGCGGUGCCGUGGACCGGCGCGGAGGUGGCAACGAUUUUGGCGCCUUCAGCGGGUACGGUGGGGCGGGCGGCAACAGUGCGAUGGUGCCGAACGGGAACGAAACGAUGCUGACCGUGUUGUGCAGCCCGGUGCUGAACCAGGACCAGCUGUGGCGCCUGUUCGACAUCAUUCCCGGGCUGGACUACUGCCAGAUCAACAAUGAUUUCAACAAUCGCAACGUGACGGCAACGGUCGUGUACAACAACAGCCAGUCGGCCAUGUACGCGCGGGACAAGAUCCACGGGCUGGAGUAUCCGCCCGGCGAGCGGUUGAUCAUCCGGCUCGGGCACGAAACGGUCGGCACGAUGGGCGUCGGAGGUGUCGUAGGGGGAGUCGGUGGUGUUGGAGUCGGUGUCGGAGGCGUGGGCGUCGGAGUCGGCGGAGGCGGUGCGGUCGAACCAUUCAACGGAAACGAUCGUGAGGCGGCGUUUUGCAGUGUGCCGCUGCCGCCGCCCCAACCGCUGGCCAACGCGAACGCCGAGGUUGCCCAGCGCUGCUUCAUCGUGUGCAUUCCGAAGGCGCUGCCGACGAGCGUGCUGAAGCAGACGUUCUGCCGGUUCGGCGACCUGAUCGACGUUUACCUGCUGCCGAACAAGAACUGCGGAUAUGCCAAGUACGCCUCCGAGGAGUCGGCCAAGAAAGCGAUCAAGCAGCUGCACGGUGCGGACAUUCUGAACGUACGGCUGAAGGUGCUGGAGGCGGAGGAACCGAGCAACGAUCGAAGGAAAAGAAUGCGCCACGAUGAGCGCAUGGAGAAUGAGUAACUCUGCGCGCUUGCCAGUGGAAUAAAGCGUCGCGUCUGUGCACAGAACGCAUACACACUACUUUUAACGAACAGCAAAGAGACGCACUGAAACAAACCCCCCUCCCUGGUACAAGAGAAUGUGAACACAGAAGCGAAACAAACUGAAACGAUACGAUGGUACUGGUACUGUAGCAUAACCUAGCUUAUACUCUAUAUACCUUGAACGAUACACCUACGGGAUGUGGGGGGGAGGUAUGGGGAGACCUCCUCCAGCAGUCGUACACUACCGUACCUACGACUACUAGAACUCUGGACGCCUACACCCGAAAGAGAACGGUUUUGGACAAAGAAAGAGAGAGGAGGAACGAAAAGAACGUUAGAACGCGCGCAGCAUUACGAUACGAAACCUUCUGGCACCAGGCUGGAGAAAACACCUCUUCUCCUGCAUCCUACACAGAAAAAGAACAAACGAAACAAACAUCCACCAGACACACGAGAAAAUGUGCGUGAUGUGUGUACACUAUUACAAACAGCAAACAAAAACAAAAAGAAAGGGAAAACUGACGAUGUGCAGCGCUUUUCCGAUUUUGUGCUAUUGCUACUCGCUAAUACACAAUACACCACCGUCCAUCCUCCGUUCCUUUCCCACUUUCUCACUCUCCUUCUCUCUCUAAGGUCUGCGUGGGCGUGCAGGGGACUGUCAAGGACGUGGAGGAUCUUUCCACUUGAUAAGGUCUCUCUCUCACCCUCCUUCCUCCCCUUUUCGUCUCGAACACUUCCGAACCUAUGGACGCUUGUGGACGACAUCACUAGACGGUGUGUGUGGGUGUGUAUGUGUGUUUGGCGACUGCAAAAAAUCGAACGGAGCAAACCGAAAACGGAAAACGUUACAAUCACAAUCGUCGUGUACCAAGCUUCCCUAAUGCCAUCAAUUAUACCAUCAUCAUCACACUUUCCCCUCAUUUCCUGUCAUGCCCUGGACGCCUUCGUACGGACGGACCACAACGCCAACUUGGUCAGGGUGUGGUGAACCAACCAGCGCGCCAUCACCACACUCUCGGAAGACUACUGUGACGACAGCACGUUUCGACACUGGACGGUUGUUUGGAACAUUGUAACACGCGAUACAGAGAGAAACAGAGCAAGAGAGAGAAAGAGAAGCUAUACCACUGGAAACACUGAACAGUACGCAAAGAGGACACAGAACAGCGACCACUUUUGGGACGAAGAAACACGCCGUCGGAUCUCAAACGAUCAGAACACGGACUCACGGAGUUUAGAGGCGCACACUGUCAAUGUGUGCUUCUGUGAAAAUACACACAAAACGCAACAAGCAGGAACCACACACGAACAAGGACGAACAAGGACGAUCCUUUUACCACUGCUACCUAGUGGGUUGGUGGUGGUGUUACCAUGUUGUGUGUAUGCGAUCGAGAAGAACGAAAGGCGGACACAGGAAGACAAUGAUCGGAAGUGAACGUUUUUGGGAAGGCAAACGAUACAAGAAAACGAAGUGUACUGAAGACUGAGACGUGUACUGGUGAGCACGCGAUCGUGUGUGAAUGUAGGGUUUUGCGUUGAAUGGAAGAGCGACGACAGAAAGAGGAUGGGAUACCGGUUUCGAAGGACGUUCUUUCUUUAUUUCUUUUUGUUUUUACAUGACAAUUACCUUUAGGCACCUAUUUUACAUUUCGCUUUCCAGUGAGUGUUUUAGCUACCUUUGUUGUAACACUAUUCCGUACCACUUUCUGGAGCUUCGUUGCCUUGUCUCUGACACUAACUUUUAAAUGCAAAAAACAGUAACUACUUACACUGGGGCCGAGAUCUGCUAGUGCGUGUGUAAAGCAAAUGUGUGUACAUAUAUGCGCGAUGGUUGGUGUUUGUGUACUGGAUUUGGUACAACCGUUUAGUAAUGUGAUGGAAAGACAAUCGUGAUUGCUGGUGCAUGAUAUGAUGGCGCAUUAAUCCAACCCCCAAUGCAGCAGAGAGUUGUCUUUGGCGAAGCUGUUCUGAGUGGGCUUUUGACAAAAAAUCUCUUUGUAUCCUCAAGAGGUGAUCGCAAAGUUUGUUUGACGCUUAGCUGCAUAUGCGAUUGGUCUUUCAAGUGUAGCGUGCUGCGGUCCUUUAUUGAAAUUUCAAUAAGACUCAAGGACCUCCUCUCUAUAGAUGCGAGUAGUUUUUGGUACAUCUUCUCUACCAAGGAUCGCGGAUUAGUGGAAAACCCCACAACGAGUGUAGAGUCAAGCGCGAAGAAGUCAGUCGAUUUAUGAAAUUAGAGCACAUAAUUGUAUUGCUUUUUUAGACAUAUCUAUAUUUUUCUAUAAGCAACAUACGAAGAGAUUCAGUUACAGACGCACAAGUAGAGGCGAUUCGUUGUUUGUCUUUUUUAAGCUCACUUUUUUUAGAUUUGUGAACGUUAAAAAAACAAGAUGCUACAAUUCUUACAUUGAGAUUUCCUGCUGGCGCCUUACCAUUCGAACAAAUUUUGUUUUACCAUUUUAGAAAGACUAGAGCUAGUGUGUAAAAUUAAUUGUAGGAUUACGACUACUACUUCUUUCCUAUCGCGCCAAACUAGGUACAUAAAUUCAUCGUCAAGUCGCCUGAAAGUGAAAGAGACAGUAAAAAAUAGCCCAAAUUGUACAGGUAGAGUUUGCUUUGCAUUAUAUUUUAGAUGUAUUUUAGUAUGAAACUGUUUCAUAACAAAUUUAAUCGUCAUGACUGUUAAGCAGAUUUGCAGAUUCAAAAAUUUCAUACUGGCUUUUCACUUUUGCUGCUUGAAAUGAGUUUUUGUGCCUGGAAAUGUAAAGAGCAUGAUAAUCACGCGUUUGCCAUCCUGAUGUUUUUUUGGAAAUUUAUUUACCACUCAUUCGCUCUAUGAAGUAUAAGCUCUUUCCGGGUUGUCUACCUUUUACAGCUCAACUACAUUGCAUACACAACAAGAGCAAUUGUUUUUUGUAACUUUAUCCGUCUUUAUGCGACUCCUUGUUUUUUUUUUAAUCUAAAUCUCGGAUAGCUUACCAUUAUCGUCCAUCCUUUAGCUUAGCUUUAAUAUUUUUGCUUUUUGCUAUGUUUUGUAUAUCAAUCUUUUGAUCAUGCACAACACCACAACACAAUCUAAGCUAAUAAGAGCGCAACGUUUCCACGCCCGACCGGGCUGGAAUUGCCAGUUGUGUAGCGUUAGUUCAUAUAGUUUGUAACAUUUUUUUGUGUAGUAUUGUAAGCCCUCGCAAUUGUGUCUCUCUAUCUUAGCCAUGGAAAAAAAUGCUGAUGUGUGGAUGCAGCUAAACAAUCUGGUUAUGCUCUAAAAUCACGAACACAACACGAACUUGAAAGGAUGUUAUAUCCUGAACAAGAUUCGUGUACUUUUUUCCUCUAGUUCGUACCUUCAUUUUUUUUACUUUCUAUACCAUCCGCUACUACUACUCUCUCAGUGUAUCCGAUCCAGCCUAUAUAUAUUUUUUUUGUUUUAAGUUGUAUUUUUCCCCCUUUUUUCACUAUAUGUGCGAUAGCUUUUAGUCAAGUAUACAGACACAGCAGAUGGUGUGAUGAUGGCCGAUAAUCAGAUUUGAUUGAUUCGAGCGUUCGGAUCUAAAAUAAUAUAAUUCGACAACAGCCGUGAAAGAUUCAAAUAAAAAUUGCCAAUAUUUACCACGAUUCGUAGAA